GAGACCUGCUUGAUGGUCAUCAGAAUUCCCGUAUUCCAUUCCCAAUCAUACCCGACUCUUCAGCCUGACGUCCCACAAGACGUUGCGGAGGGGAUGGCAGCCGUCUGACACCACUUUCAUCGACUUGAGACCGUGGUCCGCUCGAUUGGGAGUUGCCAACACUGAAGCUUCUCGCUAAGGUUCUAUACUACGUCUCUGCGACCGGAGAUACCUCGCAACUGAGGGAACAGAGAGAGAGAGAGAUUGAGAGAGAGUGUGUGUAUGUGUGAGAGGGCCUCACGCAACACGAGUGUGAGAUUGAGACACAACGUUGUCAUCGGAUUACGGAUAUCGGUACCUAUUGAACCUAACUAGCGAGUGAGGAGUGCGUGAGUGACUGAUCUCGCACUGCAAGUUACCCGGGGUGAACAAGAGCUGAGAAGUCGUUGGCUCUGUUCUCCAGUUUCCCCAUCCUCUUUUUUCCCUUUGCAGCGCAAUCCCAAAAACCCACACCACAGCUCUGCCAAUUCCCUCCCACUACCUUAAACCAUCGUCUGCACCACACCACACCACCCACACCACACCCCUCUCCCCCAAGCCCGUGACGGACUAUCCGCCUCGCAGGCCGCCAAAAUUUCACGUCGCCUCGUCUCAACCGCUGCGCGCCUAUCUACCAGCUACCUGCAACCAAACCUUUCCCACAACCACUGACGGAUAGUCACUCAGGCGCACAUCUAUUCGACAACGAAACACGCAACGGACAACUCCCAUUUCUCCCCUGCGACGAGAAACUGGGUCCAUCAUUCACCCAACAUUCAGGAAUACAAAAGCUACGAUGACGACCUUGUCCCGACGAUGAUCCACGGUAUUUCUUCCUCUGCAGGCUCGCCUUGAUCCAGUUUGUUCCUUGCUUUCGGACCUCGUCUUUAAUCCUUUUUCGACCCGAUCUCUUAUUUCGUCUCAUCGCGCGCCUACCAUUCUACCUGCGCGAAGCUACUUCAUUGGACGACUUUCAUUUCCAUCUCACUGCCCACGGCUGAAGCUGGGCCAUCCUCCAAACCUCUUCUCUGGCUAUGGCUACAGCCCAGAUGUCAUCUGACAUUCCUAAGCCAUCUUUCGCAAAGGUCGCUGCAUCGGCAUCAAAAGAUUCCCAACCCGUCACUACCGUCAGACCAGUUGCUGCGCCAGCUCAAGCCCGUCCCAGCCAAGCUUCUCCUACCGGGGCUGCCUCUAUACCCGCAUCUGCCACCUCAGACGCAGUUGAUACUCGCCAAUCCGCAAUCAUGAACUCCACGAAGUCUGCGCCGACUGUCGCUAAGCGCGAGCCCACCCUGUCCAAGAAGCCCGAAGCGACCGGUGCCGUAUUGGAUGGAUUGAAGGAUUUGAGCAUUGGGCAACCGACACCGAGCCUCGUUGUGAACGGAACAGGCUCUUCGUACGCUGAGCGAUCAAAAUCUAUAACCAAGGAUGGGUCGGACGACUCCCAGAGAGCUGACUCUAGCUCGGAGCUCGGUACCAAGCCUCCCAGUCUGGACGGAAAGAGUAUCACGUCGGGAACGACCUUUGCGCUGGACGAGAAGGAAUCCCUGAGGCCAGAUGACAGUGCCAGCGUCAAAGCCGCCGCUGCCGAGGACGACGAUUCCUUCUCAUUCCGAGGGCCAAAUCUACCAAACUCCAGAAUGGGUUCCGACAUUGCGGCGCGUGCUAGAGGCAUCAUCCAGCUUGGCGACAUGCCCGAUCGCCGUCUAGCCCAACCUAUCUCCGGCUCCUUGAGCCAAGGCAUGAUCACACCGCAGAGUGCUUCGUCAGAUCAACCACAGAUGCCCAUCCCUAACGCUCUGUCUGCUAAUCUCCCCGACUCUGCCAAUCUUUUGAAUACCAUUUACGGACAGGCACCGGAUGAAAAACUCUUGGAGGCUAUGGCUUCCCCGAAGGAUCGGCUGUUUCUAUUGCGAUUGGAGGCCGAAUUGAUCAAAUUUGUUCAAAAUUCCAAAGACCCGUACAUGGACUUCCCGCCUUCAAAUUCAUUUUGUAGGAUGCUCACACAUAAGCUGGCUGACUACUACCGCAUGACGCACCAGUAUGAAGCUCGUGUGGGAUCUGUCCGAAUCUUCAGAACCCCUUACGCCAGAGUACCUGAGUCGCUUGCUAGUAUCGCUGCUCCGGAAACCAAUGCCGAAACGCCUCCUCCUCCAGCGGUCCUGCCUCGGAAGAUCAUGCGACGUGGGGAGGAUGGGGAAUUCGGUAGCAACAGCGCUUCUCCAUCCAAGGCCACGUCUGAGACCGGCAGUGACUCUAAGGAUAAGUCUGCUGCGGCAAAUCAGAAAUUGUCGCGAGAGCAGCGUGAAGAAGCGUACAAGCAAGCCCGAGAGAGGAUAUUCGGCAAUUCUGAGAAGACUGGCGAAUCUACGCCUGAUAACGAAAUUGAGAAUGGCGUUUCACGUGCCAGCUCCGUUUCGGCGAGGGAAAAGCCUGGUGUCAGCAAACGGGGCAAGACUGGGAAGCAGAGACGGGAUGAUUCAGACAGUUUCGACUCGAGGCACAACUACACGCCAUACUGGGGCCCGCAGCAACAGACUUGGGUGCCUCAACCUCAGUAUGUUCCUGUGUCAAACCAGUACGGUGCGCCGGUGCAGCAACCGUAUCCCAACCAAAUCCCCGCAGCCCCUUACAACACCACACCCACGCAAACAUUUGCUCCCAUGAUGCCUAACGCGGGCUACAAUGCGGGUUAUCCUAACAUGACACCGUAUCCGCCUCCGGCAAACCAGGCCCAGUUCCAAGCUCCUCCGAAUGCAAGGAGCUAUGGUGGUUCUGGCCCUACUCCUCCACAGCAAGGUUGGCAACCACAACCAGGGUUCGGACCGGCGCCGGUGCCGAUGACUCCACCUUCAACGGCUAACGCCACGGCUUAUACGCCUCGGGGCAUGUCGGCGCCGCCCAGUCAAAGCACUGUUCCGUACAUGUAUGGGCAGUUGCCGGCCAACAUCAACCCGAACGACCCAAAGAGCCAGCAUCCCAUCCCCGGCAGCUACAAUCGCCACGCCUUCAAUCCCAAGACGCAGUCAUUCGUCCCUGGGGGUGGCAUGUCUCCGAUGCAGCCACCACAGCCGCCAUUCAGUGCUCCUGGAUCUCACCACGGUAGCCCCCAGAUCGGCUCACCACAUCUGGCAUACGCCGGUUAUCAGCAGCAAGGACCACCAGCACCUUACGGCUAUGCCAUGGCGAGGCAAGGAUCGAACAACUCGAUUCCUUCGUACCACCCGCCUCCGCCCCAGCACCCUCAUCACUUGAACCCUAUGCCUCAAGCACCGGUUCACCAUAUUCCUCAACAUCCUCCGCAACACAUCCCACAAAACCCCUCCCCUCAUAUUCCCAACAAACCCGCCAUCCCUCAGGGUCCGGCUGGACAGACGUUCAGCCACCUGCCCCACUACGGCAACCCUGCUACUUUGCCGCAAAAGCCAAACAUGGGUAUUUAGGUACGCGCUUGAUGUUGUUGGACGGUCCAUGGCAGAAUGAACGGCGUACAGGGGUUUUCAAGGUACAGCAUACUGGCGUUCACACAGGAGGGAUAGGAUGGCAUCAGAUCAUGUAGGCUAUUGCAUGCUAGAACACUUACGCACCUUAAUUAUCACUCA